AUGAGCAAACUACUUAAGCUAACAUCCGUGAGCGUGCUGACUUCGGCAUUAGGGGUUUCCUAUUACUUCUAUGUAUUUGAUAAAGAUGGCUACCACUAUAAAAAUGCAUCUUGGAAGAGAUACAGCGAUCACGUUCAAGGUAUAAUAGAUCAUAAAGAAGAUAUUCCGGUGGAGGUAAUUGGCAGCGCACCUCGCAAUGUGGUAGCAAGGCCAAUGGGAGAAACUAUGAAGGAUAUUUGGAAUCAGCAAGUAAGAAGCACGGUGGAAUGGAUCUACUCUUUCGGAAGCCAUUAG